AUGAAUGCUACACCAACAAUGGUUUACUAUUUCAAAGCACAUACUAGCAACGAUGAUGAUGAUCUAUUAGGUAUGACCGUACCUGAUGAAAACUCUGACCACACCAUCUAUAUGGGUAAAGAUAAGUUUGAAAACGACCCACUAAUCAAGCAUUCACACCCCAAAAACAUUUGGUUUCAUGUAGACAAUCACUCGUCAGCUCAUUUAUAUUUGCAGCUAACCAAAUCGCAAAUUUUGAAUUGGAAAUCAUUUAAUGACUUCACCAUUGAUGAAAAUUUAUUGGUUCAAAUUUGUCAACUCACCAAAGCCAAUUCAAUAAAAGGAAAUAAAUUGAACAACAUCACCAUCAUUUAUACUCCAGUCGAAAAUUUGCAUACAGAUGGAUCCAUGGAUGUAGGUACAGUUACUUUCAAAAACUCCAAGUUAGUCAAGCGGUUGAAAAUUGCCAAACGGGAGAAUUCAAUCAUUAAUAAAUUAACAAAGACCAAAACUGAAUCAUCAACUGAUGAAUUUAUAGAAUCACAAGAUGCAUUGGUGAGGGAAAUUGUCAAGGAGAGGAAAAUGGCUGAAGCCAGGGAUAAAGAAUUGAGUUUACAGUAUGCUAAUCAGAAAAAGACCAAUGCUGAUCCAUAUGCUGAUUUAUUUAAUACUGAGGAACUUGAAAAUAGUAGUAAUGACAGGCGACAAGAAAACUGGGAUGAAGACGAUUUUUGCCCAAAGGGCACUGUGACCAAAACCAACCAAAAACAACAACAACAACCACCCAGACAGCAACCUCAAAUUAAUAGAGACGCAGAAGAAACAGACACUAUUCAAGUCAAGGAUCCUGAGUUGACAAAAGUUGUAAUAAACCAGUUAUCCAUAUUAUUGACUACAGUUGAUCCAUCUUCAGUCAAUUCACAUUACAAGCAAAUUCGAUUCAUAUUACAGAAACAAGAGCGUAAUCCAAUUGUUUUAAACAACUACUUUGAAAAGUUAUUUGGAUUAAUUAGAUUUAGCGAUUUCAACAACAGCCAGGAAGUAUCACCAAUUGAAACGGUUUUUUCAAAGGAGUUAGAAUUUAUUGCUACUGAUUUAAAGUACUACGACCUAUUCUGCAUUCACUUGGAUAGUAUCGUAAAAGAGGAAUUUAAUAUCAUUAAUUUUACUACCAAGCUCCAUUGCGAUCCUAUUUUAACAUUUAUUUUAACCGUUAGGUACCACAACUCAGCAGAUUCAGAGCAAGUUAAAUCUUAUUUCGAUAAGUGUCCUCCUUCAUUAUUAAGCAUCUUCAAGUCAAGAAAGUUUCCUGAAAAUUACAACUGGACUUUGCUACUUGAGUACAUCUUAAAUAAACCAUAUUUCCCAUUUUUAAGCAAGUUAAUCACCCUUAGUUCUAUCAAGGCAUUUGAUUCAGGACUUGAACCAAUCACCACGUUCUACAAAUACAUAUUGAAAAUGUCGUUUAAAAAUUUAUUACAAGAAGUUGGGUUUGAAAAUAUAGUACCAGAAAAGUUGUUGCCUAGUCUUUUGCAAAUCAAACCAAAUGAGGUAGAUCAAGGCAUAGCUUUGGUAUUGGCGGAGAUUCUAAUACCCGGGUCACAGGGACUUGGAUAUACUGCGACACCAGUAAGUUUGCCAGAAUCCAAUGCCAAAGGAGCACAGUUGCAAGCAUGCUUCAGAGCAAUUGAACAACUGGGUAAUCUCAACAUUAAUUGGUACGAGGUUUUUAACUACUUGCAGCAGAAUCUAUUUGAAUCGAGCCAAAGAAAUGCACAACCUUCAAUAGCAAGUGUAUCGCAAUUCUUGUCGUCGUUGGAUUUCAAACAAGAUCCAAUUGAUAUUUUCCUCAAUUAUGAGUGGUGGUUUGACAAGACCCUUUUGUACAUUUUACAAACAUGCGAUGCAUCACAAGGUGGAUACGAUAUUGCAUUAUCCAACAAUUUACUGUUGUGUUUUGAAGAAGACCGGUCAACUCUUGGCCAACCACAACUUAGGAGAAAUAUAUUGAAAUUUAUCAAUGUCGGCAAGUUGGAGUUGCAAGUUAUUACUAAAGUACAAGCACAGCAAGUGCAGCAAAGCUUGAAUGAACAAGACCAUAAACUAAAUGCAUUUUUAAACCAGGUGUUUGAGCGUGAUUAUAGAGUAUUUCCCGAGUAUGUGUUGGCGGCAGCAUUGUCGGUGAUUGAAAAGACCCCAUUUAUUAAUGACUUGAUCGAUACGUUGUUCUACUUGUUAAUGGAUAAUGACUCGCCUGCAUUACCGAAGGUGGCUCGCACUUUACAAGAAUUGGGUAUCGUUGUCGGCAAGGUUAUUGAUUAUUACAAGAGUAGAAACACAUUUGCUGCUGCCGAAAAAACAACUGUUGUGAGUUCAAAGCUCAAUAUAUUGGAUCAAGUUUUGCAGCAAUUGUGGAGCGUCGAUGUCAAGUUGGCGGUGAAACUACUUGUUGAAUCCUCUUUUUUGAAUGACGAUUACAAGAAAGAGUUGGAGGCAAAAUUGAAUGAUCAACAGUUGAAGAGUUCGGUGUAUCUGUCAUUAUCAGAUAUACUUACUGAGAGAGCUCAAAAGGAUUACGAAUCUGUCCAGCAACAUCAACAACAGGAGCAGUUAACAUUACAAUCGCAACCUCAACAUUUACCAAUUUUGAAAAUCAAAACUGCUUAUUACCUUCUUGAAAAGUUGAAGAGCAGCAAUGGGUUGGUAGAUUUGGAGAAACUAAAGAAUUUACAAAUAUUGCUUUUAACAACGUACCCCAGGUUGAUCAAUUUUAGCAAUGGCCACGAUGAAGCAAUACUUGCAAAUGAAGCCAAAUCCAGUUUCUUUCCUGGUGACGUUGAGUUGGAGAUGAAGGAAUACUAUUCCAAAAUGUACAGCAAAACCAUUGAUAUACCAGAGAUUGUCAAUGUUUUGAUCAAGAUGAAAUCAAGUGAUGAUCCUCACCAACAGGAUGUGUUUGCUUGUAUGAUACAUUCAUUAUUGGAUGAAUAUAAAUUUUUUGGCGAAUACCCAUUAGCUGCAUUAGCAUCAACAUCAUUAUUAUUUGGUGCAUUAUUAGAAAACGAUUUGAUACACGGUACAACAUUGACAGUUGCAUUGAACUUUAUCUGGGAAUCUUGCAAUCAGCUGCCAGAUUCAAAAUUGUUCAAGUUUGCCGUUCAAUCAUUGUACAAUUUCAAGUCAAAACUACACGAGUAUCCAAUCUACUGCAAACAUUUGUUGGAAUGCCGUUCAUUAUCGACCCAUGCUAAAAUGUACCAGAUUGUUAAAGAUGCCGCUAAUGGUAUUCCUUGUGGUGGCACUAGCGCAAGCGGGUCCAAAACAGGAACAACCCCAACAUCAACUCCCGAUGUUGGACCUAAAUACCAGUCCAUCAACUAUGUUGAGCAAACAAUUGGAUCAGCUCAACAAGAAGACCCGCCCGAGGAGAUUAGAGAUAAAUUGCUUUUCUCGGUUAACAAUAUGACAUCGGAGAAUUUGCGAGUUGCUGAAAUUCGCGAGGUGUUGAAGGAAGAAUAUUUCUCCUGGUUUGCUGACUAUUUGGUUGCUGAUAGAGCCAAAGCCGAACCAAAUAACCAUGGGUUGUAUUCCGAUUUGGUGAGGACAUUAGACAAUGCCGUUUUCAAAGAGUAUGUGAUGAAUAUCACCAUGAAGGAGGUGUAUCAUUUGAUCCGUAAUUCGAAAGAUUCACGAACCGAUCGAAAUAAACUCAAGAACCUUGGUGCUUGGUUGGGAAGGAUCACUUUGGCUGAAGAUAAGCCUUUGAGAAGAGACUUGAUUGCCAUCAAGUUUUUGCUUGUUGAGUCAUAUGAUUUUGAUUCAUUGAGCUUGAUACUUCCUUUUGUUUGCAAGAUUUUGAGUCAAGUGCAAGACUCAAAAGUAUUCAAACCACCCAAUCCUUGGGUUUGGGGUAUAUUUCAAGUAUUGGCUGAAUUGUACGAAUUUGCUGAUUUGGUCUUGCAACUCAAGUUUGAGAUUGAAGUGUUGAUGAAUUUGUUCAAGAUGAAAAUUGAAGAAGUUGAACCAAGUCGCUUGAUUAGGAAUCAUGAUAAGGACCCAAGUCGUUUAGCAGCCAUGUUUGGUCUCUUGCCACAAGCAGGGGAAAAUCUUGCUUCUGAGUUGGCUAGGAUGAAUUUGGAUCAAUCGCAAACAUUAUCCAACUUCAGCAAUGUGUCACAAAUUCCUCCUCAAUCAUUUGAUAAACCAUUCCAACAGGUGCAAGUUCCAGGGCAGCCAAUGUUGCCACAACACCAACAGCCACAACCCCAACCCCAACCACAACCACAACCACAACUACAACAACUUGGUUCAGUACAAGCAUCAUACCAGCAACAGCAUCAACAGCAGCAAUCACAACAAGGACAAGUGGAGCCUGGGUUGGAUACAAGUUUCAGCACUCUUGUUGGAAAUACUAUCUUCACUCAACAUGCAAACUUGAGAAGGGCUUUCCAAGCGUCUUUAUCCAGAGCUGUUCGUGAAUGCGCAAUACCUAUUAUGAAUAGAGUUUCGGAGGCCGUUUUGGUAACCACCGAGUUUUUGAUCAAGAAAGAUUUUGCCACCGAAAAGGAUAUCGAAAAGAUUAGACGAUCUUACCAUAGAAUGGCACAACAAUUAUCACAUAGCAUGGUGUUGUGUUCAGGUAAGAAGAUGCUUGCAGAUACGAUCGAGGCAACGAUGAUUCAACUUUUGGGUAACAACCCUAGUGAAAUACCAAUUAUGGAAUUAAACAACGCUAUUCAAUCAAACGUAGGACUUUGUGUUGAAAUUAUUGAUAAAAUUGCAGCAACAAAUGUGACCGAUUUGAUUGACGAAAGAAUGCAACCUUACCUUUUGAAUCGUGAACGCCAUGCCGGAGACGAGAUUUUUGUUGAUGAAGGUACUCCCGAAUAUUCAUUGAGAUUACCAGAACCAUUGGGAUUGAAUCCAAAAGGAUUGAGUGCGCAACAGUUGAACAUUUAUGAGCAUUUUGGUGCAUUAAGAACUGAACUGCUAGAUGGUCUUCGUGCUGGUAUGACCCCAACAGGAGUGCCAUCGGUUCUUGCUCAUCCUCAACCGCAGCAACUUGCUCAUCAACAGCCACAAGCACAAGCACAAGCACAAGCACAAGCACAAGCACAAGCACAAGCACAACAGCAGCAAGUUGGCCAAGAUUUCCCAGUGCAGCAGCAAACAUCCAUUGUUCAAGAAGACAUCAUACCUUUGGAGCAAUUGUUUUCUGCAAUCACUCAAUAUUGUGAAAAGGCGGUGCAAUUAGUGUCUGAGGUUUCUGAAAACAAGUUAUCCGACUUGCCUCCAAACCACCCUAUAAUGGCAACAUUAACACAAGCAUUGGCGAUUGCCCAAAGCAAUGCGUUGAAGUAUCCCGAUUUGUUAUUAAGAGCAGCUCAAUAUGCGGUCAACUGUUUGUUCACACAGGUGCACAAUAACCCCAUGAGCAACGAAAUUUAUGUGGUUGUUCUUGACAAAUUGUGUGAGUUUUCUCCUUCAACGGCCAAGGAUGUUAUAUGGUGGUUGGUGAAUUCGUCUGAUCAGAGGAAAUUCAACAUGCCAGUGAUUUUAUCUUUAUUGAAGGUGCAAUUGAUUCAACCAAUUAAACUUGAUGAUUCGAUUAGUAAACUUGUCAAGGAAUCGCAUAACCCAGCAAUUGUCAAAUUUGGCGCUAGUCUUUUGUUGAAUGUCUUUACUGCCGAAGAAACAGCACGUCCAAUUGCGUUGAGAUCGGAAUUUGCUAAAACUUUGGAUGCAUUAUAUGAAUAUCGGAAAUUGGACUUGACUGGUGAAGACGAUAAGCAAGCGAAAGCCGAAGUUGAUAAAUUGUUUGAUGCAUUGAACACUUCGAAGCCGGCCUCAUCAGAAUUGUAUGUGCAAUUGGGAUACGUCUUUACUGAAUGGGUGAGAUUAUUGACUCAUGGUAAUGAAGAUACUAGGGAUGCCCAGGACAAGUUUGUUGCUGGUUUAGCAGCGCUGGGAAUACUAAACAAUGCCGACUACUUCAAAACGUUUUGGAAAGCAGCUAUUGAUAUAUCGACCCUUGUAUUUACCACUGAGCAAGAGCUUAGGGGUAGGACUCAACAUGAGGCAUACUUGUCAAUCGAUUGUUUGGCAAUCUUGAUUGUUAGAAUUGUUUUGAGUAUCGAAGAUGAACAACAAGCCAUUCAUUAUUUGAAAAAGAUUAUUGCUGUGAUUGUAUUGAAUUUGGUUGCUGAUCAUGAGAAUAAAUCGGCUUGGAAUGAUCGUCCAUAUUUCAGAUUUUUUUCAUCUUUGUUAUCGACUUGGAAUGAUGCAUCAGUAAUGGAUCAGGAUGCUACAAGCAAUCUUGAUGUUGAUUUUUAUUCAUUUUUUGGUGAUGUUUUCAACUCCCUUCAACCAAUUGUGUUCCCAGGGUUUACAUUUAGUUGGAUUGCAUUGAUCAGUCAUCGUAUGUUUUUGCCGCAAACGCUUGAGUUGCCGGAUAAGGUUGGAUAUGGUAUUGUUGUCAAAUUGUUGACUUCGUUAUUGAAGUUUCAACAAACUUAUCAAAACAAGGAUAGUAAUCACGAUGUAUUGAAUGUUGUUUUCAAGGGAAUCAAUAGAAUCUUUGUUGGAUUGAUCCAUGAUUAUCCUGAGUUUUUAGUUGAGUGCCAUUACCAAUUGGUGACUGCAAUUCCAAGAGGAUAUAUUCAAUUGAAGAAUAUUGUGUUAUCGGCCACUCCAAAGAAUAUAACUGUGCCGGAUCCAUUUACUCAAGGUUUGAAAGUUGAACGAUUACCGGAAAUCAACGAUGCUCCCAAUGUGUACUACAAGCCCAUCGAGGACUUGGCUAAAGUUGGAUUAAAGAAGCCGGUGGAGAACUUUUUGCGUAUUCCGGCUCCUGGAUUGAUGAGAACAAUAUACAAUGGACUUAAAUUGAACCAGCCUAAAGCCACCGAUGAAUUUGGAUAUGCAGAAACCAUCACGUUUAAUACCAAAUUGAUCAAUGCUUUGGUCCUACACGUUGGAAUGAAUGCCGUUGCUGAACGAACACCAAACAAUCGUGGCUUCAACACCAAAACUUCGCAAGUGGCUUUGCUUGUUGAUUUGAUGAAUUAUGGGUCCAACGAGUUCAAAUAUAUUUUAUUGAAUAGUAUUGCCAAUCAAUUGAGAUACCCCAACAGCCACACCCAUUGGUUCAUUGGCAUCAUGUUGCAUUUCUUUAGUUCAAAUUCAAUCUGGAAUUCAUCAACCAGUACUAAAUUGGCGGUGCAAGAAAUAAUAACGAGGGUGUUAUUGGAGAGAAGAAUUGUCAACAAGCCACAUCCAUGGGGAUUAACUAUAUUGUUUACCGAGUUGGUUAAGAAUGAGAGUUAUGGGUUAUUUGAGUUGUCAUUUGUUAAAAACUCGAUUGAAGAGAUUAAAACUAUAUUUGAUACCUUGUCUACCAAUGUCAAGGGAUCAAGCUGA